ACUCAAAAGGUAACUGCCGGUUCUAAAAAUCCGGAGGCCGGGACCGUAGCCUUAAACCACCAAAAACGGAUGGCGCUAAACUGAAACAGGAGCGGAAGCAUGGAGGCAGCGGCAUUUACUUCAGCUUCACAACUUGGAACCGCUGGAAAAUUUUCUUCAUCGUCGUCUUCUUCCGCCGGUUCUAGGUCUCUUCGUUUCCUGCAGAACAAGCCUAAUAGUAUCGCUCUCAAUUUCAAAGCUUCUAGAAGCUCGAUCCGCGCCUCUGCUACUGGCGAGGAGGAUUCCGUGGUAACUUUGCUCGAUUAUGGCGCUGGAAAUGUCCGGAGUCUCAGGAAUGCAAUUCGGUUUCUCGGCUUUGACGUUAAAGAUGUACAAACACCAGAGGACAUUUUGAAAGCUAAACACCUCAUUUUCCCUGGAGUAGGUGAUUUUGCUACUGCCAUGGAUGUGCUCAACAAGAAGGGAAUGGUUGAAGCUGUUUGUACUUAUAUUGAGCAAGAUCGCCCAUUCCUGGGAAUUUGUCUUGGCAUGCAGCUUCUUUUUGAGUCAAGUGAGGAGAAUGGACCAGUAAAAGGUCUUGGUUUAAUUCCUGGAGUAGUUGGGCCUUUUGACUCAUCUAAAGGAAUUAGAGUACCUCAUAUUGGGUGGAAUUCAAUUGAAAUAACAAAGGCUUCAGGGAUCUUGGAUGAAAUUGGGAAGCGUCAUGUCUAUUUUGUUCAUUCUUAUCAUGCAACACUGUCAGGUGAUAAUAAAGAGUGGGUAUCAUCAACCUGCAAUUACGGCGAUAAUUUUAUAGCAUCUGUUAGAAGGGGAAACGUCCAUGGUGUUCAGUUUCACCCUGAGAAGAGUGGAGCUGUUGGGCUUUCUAUUUUGAAGAGGUUCUUGAAUCCCAAAUCCAAGAUAACAGAGGAGCCAGUCCAAACGAAGGCCACUAAACUUGCCAAGCGGGUUAUUGCAUGUCUUGAUGUCAGGAGUAAUGAUAAAGGUGAUCUUGUUAUAUAUUUGUUUUUAUUGCUGGUGAUGGGUUCUGGCAAACCUCUGGCAAUAUUUCCGAUGACAAAAACUGCCGGCGAACCGGCGCCAAUCACCAUGGAAACUGUGAAGGUCACCUUCUUUCUCAGUUUCCAUUGCGUGAGGAACCUUGGCAAGCCAGUAGAUCUUGCUGGACAAUAUUACUAUGAUGGGGCUGACGAGGUUAGCUUUUUAAAUAUCACUGGUUUCCGGGACUUCCCUCUCGGUGAUUUACCAAUGUUGCAGGUAUUGAGGCAUGCAUCAGAGAAUGUUUUUGUGCCACUAACUGUUGGAGGAGGUAUCAGAGACUUCACUGAUGGAAAUGGCAGGCACUACUCCAGUUUGGAAGUUGCUUCAGAGUAUUUCAGGUCUGGUGCUGACAAGGUUUCUAUCGGUAGUGAUGCUGUGUAUGCUGCAGAAGAAUAUUUGAAAUCUGGAGUAAAAACUGGAAAGAGCAGUCUAGAGCAGAUCUCCAGAGUCUAUGGAAAUCAGGCAGUGGUUGUAAGUAUUGAUCCUAGGAGAGUGUAUUUGAAGGACCCUAAAGAUGUACAUUUCAAGAGCGUCAAAGUGAGAAAUCCAGGUCCAAACGGCGAAGAGUAUGCUUGGUACCAGUGUACAGUGAAUGGUGGACGAGAAGGUCGACCAAUUGGGGCAUAUGAGCUUGCCAAAGCUGUUGAAGAAUUAGGUGCUGGUGAAAUACUGCUUAAUUGCAUUGACUGUGAUGGCCAACGGAAAGGAUUUGAUAUAGACCUAAUCAAACAAAUUUCAGAUGCUGUAAGCAUCCCAGUAAUUGCGAGUAGUGGUGCAGGAGCCGUUGAACACUUCUCGGAGGUUUUCAAAGAAACAAAUGCCUCAGCUGCCCUAGCUGCUGGUAUUUUCCACAGAAUGCAGGUACCUAUUCAAUCUGUGAAAGAGCAUUUGCUGAAGACGGGUGUAGAAGUUAGAAUGUUGAUAUAACAACGGUGAGAUCUAUUUCAUUCACGAGUUUUGAUUUACAUUAUAAAACUGCAUCUCCCUUUUUUCAUUUGUUAUGUACAGUAAUUAUGCUUGAUUGAAUAUUUUAUUGGAUCCUGUUUGUACACCAAUCGGCAAUAGCUAGUUUCUGCUCCA